AUAUCACCACCGUGUGCCUGCAACACAUGACUGAUCGUUGCUUUGGACAAAGGUGUGUGAAAGCAGGACUCGGGAUAUGUACAAUAGUGCGGUAAAGAAAGUCUUUCUUGUAUCUCGCUGGUCCUCGGCCCUCAUUGUGGCAGACGUUAACGGUAGAAGGGACUUUCCGUUGGCAAAGAAUCGAAGUUCGUAACUUUCGGUUUCAGUUUGACAGUCGAUCGUCGGUGGACGUUUGAUCAGGCCACCGGUUGUGAAUUGUUAGAUUUGACAGUUUCUUGUUUGUCGGGCAUCAUAUCGGUGUCGUUUCACGAACAUCAACGGAAAACUUGGCCCGCUGCAAGUAAAUAGCCUCUACAUCAUGCAGAAAAUGAGCUACUUCUUCCCUCUGCUCUUCGUGUGCCUGGAUUUGUGUGUGGUACGAGCCAUCCACUUGGCCCAGCUCUCACCUCUCCUCCUCUCCCAUCCCAUCAUCACCCUGUGGGGGGGAGGGUUGACCAGGGCUGUCGUCCUUGCCUUCCUUACCAUCACCUACCCUGGAAGCCUGCCGUGGAUGAGCAGCUUCAAGGGCCUGCAGAGCUUAGGGGUCCUUUGCUUCCACUUCCCGGUGUACACCACUCUUCUGUGGGUGCUGGGGCAGUCCACCGUAGAGGAACUGUGGGGGUGGCACUCCUGGGAGAGGGUGAUACAGGGUUAUGCUGUGACGGUCGUGGCAUGGCUGUACUGGAGCCGAUACGCGUCGUCUCUCCUGCUCUCCUGGGGUCGAUACAUCUCGUCGCUGUUGACGUGGGCCCCGUCCGAGAAGCCCAAAGAGGACACAGGUGGCGCUCUGAAGAGACUGAUCACUUACAUGCUGCCGUUUUUCGGCCGCUUUGUUGUCGUGCUGUUUCUCGUGAUUCUCUCUUCUUAUGGUGAGAUGGCUGUUCCUCAGUACACUGGUCGUGUGACUGACUGGAUCAAAAAUGAAGAAGCACCCGAUGCAUUCGUGGAGGCCAUCACAGCCAUGACGCUGAUGACCGUCGCCAGUGCUGUGCUGGAGUUUAUGUGCGACCUCGUGUACAACAUCACCAUGAGCCGCAUACACACCUCAGUGCAGGGAUUCGUCUUCCAGGCUGUGCUGAAACAGGAGAUCGCUUUCUUUGACGCCACUUCGACAGGUGAACUGGUGUCCCGCAUCACCACGGAUACCAACGACAUGAGCGAGGCGCUGAGCGAGAAGCUCAGUCUGCUGAUGUGGUACACGGGACGUUUCGGCUUCCUCAUGUUCUUCAUGGUGAGCCAGUCGUGGAAGAUGUCCCUGCUCACUUGCAUGGGACUGCCCAUCAUCUGGGUCAUACCUGAGUUCAGUGGACACUUCUACCAGACGAUUGCUAAAAAGGUUCAGGAUUCACUGGCCAAGGCCAACCAGGUGGCGACAGAGACCUUCUCCAGCAUGAAGACGGUGAGGAGCUUCGCCAACGAGGAUGGUGAAACAGAGAGGUACAGACGGCGGCUGGAUGAAACUUACGCCCUCAACAAGAUGGAAGCAGCAGCCUACGCAGCCUCUACCUGCACUAACAGUAUGGCCACUCUGGCCCUGAAGGUGUGUAUUCUGUACUAUGGAGGGACUCUCGUGACCAGGGGGGCCGUUAGCAGCGGCGACCUGGUGUCAUUCGUGCUCUAUGAGCUACAGUUUGCCUCUGCCGUCGAGGCUGUCAUGCGUUAUUACCCGGAGGUGAAGAAGGCGAUCGGUGCCUCUGAGAAGAUCUUUGAAUAUUUGGAUCGCAAACCUCUAGUACCGCCAGAGGGAACUUUGGCCCCUGAAAAUCUCGAGGGACACAUUCAGUUCAAAAAAGUUACGUUUUCCUAUUCUGGCAGGACAGACGAAAACAAUCUUGUGCUCAAGGACGUGUCUCUGGAGCUAAAGCCAGGCCAAAUCACGGCCCUCGUGGGGCUUAACAGAUCGGGGAAGUCCACCUGUGUCAAGCUGCUGGAGAGAUUUUACCAGCCGCAGUCAGGGGAGAUCCUACUGGACGGGAAACCGCUGCACAGCUACAAAGACCAGUUCCUGCAUGACAAGAUUGCUGUGGUGAGCCAGGAUUGUGUGCUGUUUGCACGCUCUGUGCGGGAGAACAUCAAGUAUGGCUACGAGCAUGCCUCUGAUGAGGAGAUGUACAGGGCUGCCAAGCUGGCGAGUGCCCACGAGUUCAUCAUGGACCUGUCAGAUGGAUACAACACAGAUGCCGGAGAAAAGGGAGGCCAGGUGUCUGGAGGCCAGAAGCAGCGCAUUGCCAUUGCCAGAGCUUUAAUUAGACAGCCCAAAAUCCUGAUACUGGACAACGCCACCAGUGACUUGGACACUGAGAACGAAUACCAGGUCCACCAAGCCUUGUUAAACCAAAUCCACAACUGCUCCGUGCUGUUGAUAGCCACCAACAUGAGUGUUGUAGAAAAGGCCAAUCAUAUAAUUGUCCUCAACGACGGGAUGGUGACGGAGGAAGGCAGUCACGAUGAGCUGCUGAAGAAGAGCGGCCUUUAUGCUGAACUGGUGAGAAAGCAGAAUAUGGGCUUUCACCGUCAAGAACAGGAGAGGAACUGAUCAUUCCUGAGGGCAACCAACGCCCACGUGGAGAGGCAGACGAGUCACUGGAAGGUUGCUGAUAAAAUGUCCAGACUUGAAGGAUCAAAACUCCGGUAAUACUUGAGCUUAAUACAUAGGAUUUGAUAAAUUAUAAAUAAAUAACCACUAGAGUUACGAGAGUUUAUGCCCAUUAAAAAUAUUUCACUUCUCCAUGCACACACACAGUUGGUGAAAUGUACUUGAAAUCUGUAUUUUAGAAGAGCGUCAUUACUUAUAAUAUAGUACAUUUUCUGGAAAAUGACCAAAUUUGACAGAAAUCAGCUCUCAAAAACAAGAAGAAAAAUACAAUAAAUUGGCGAAAUAUUACUUAAAAUAAGGGAAAUUAUCUGCCAACAGAACAGGAAAAUAUCACUUACCAAUAUUUUAAAAUAAGUACAAAUAUCUAUUCUCAAAGAACCCAGAGUGAAAGUAUUGCGACCAGACUACAAACAAAUACAUUUGUUUGGAUACAAAUAAAUUCUGACUUUGAUAAAGCAGAUACAGAAAUACAAAACGUAUUUGUCAGUGUUGAUUAAACAGCUUUGUGCAGUUUUAAGCAGAACCAGUAAUAACAUCUAAGCAAUAAGUCAUAAUAUUAUAAUAAUGAAGGUUGAAGGAAGUGAAAUGCUCUAACAUUAAACCUGCCUGCUAAGAUCUAUCUUUUCAGACACAAAGCAAGCAUAUGUUGCCUUGAUUUAAGAUAUCACAUCUUACUUAGAUUUAGCUUUUUUCAGUCAAUCAGCAAAAAUCAAGUCCUGUUCACUGAUUGCAACAUUGCCAAUAAUGGUCUAAUACAAAUUCUAAUAUAAACUGUCCCGGAGGUGUUUAGCAUCUUAUCGCCCAACCCUAGUUUGUACUGGACAGAUCCCAUAUGCCAACGAGUGUCAAUGGGAAUCAACUUGAAGAGAUUUUUAUGAUGAUAACCAUAUUGCUUCAUACACUUUGCAGAUGUUGAUGUAAAAGGUUUUGGGUAUUUCAUAUUGUAAUAUUUAAGAUUGUUUCUAAAUGUUCUUUUUGUACAUAUUUUUCAUAUUUGUCUUUGUUUUUAUGGCACCGUACACUGUAUUGAUGAUACUUUAUUGUGUUUUAACCUGUCAAUCCUCCUCAGAGUUUCAACAAUAAAUCUUUU